AUUCUUUUCUACAUCACAGUUACAUCUUAAAUAUAUCAGGUCUCAGAUUCCGUCAGUGAUUUGUUAACUGCAGUGCUGAAAAUAUUUGAUUAAGUCAACUUGAAUAAUUGUAGUCGUACCACUUUGGGAAACAUUUGCUACACUACGACAAGAGGAUUGAUUGUAAAACAAAGAUUUACAAUGUCGCAUACUCUGACCUUUACCAUUCUUUUUCAUCUUCUGGGACUAGUCAACUGUAACCGACAUAACAGCGUCAUAUACCAAGCUGUACCAAAUGCUUUCUUCAAAGAAUGUCUUUUUGAAAUAAAUAAUUACCGUAAACUUCAUGGCUCGCAGCCUCUACGGUGGAGCAGUGAUUUACAGUAUCAUGCGCAAGAACGGGCAGACAAAUUCUCCCAAGACGAGAUUCUUCAAAAUGAAAUAGAAAGUUUGGACUUGGUUGGCCAAGGAGAGACCGUCUCGUAUUACUCUCCGUCCAAGCAACUUUGCCGCACGUUUCCCUCAUCUGGGGAUUGCCAUGCAUGCCGGGAAACUAUAGUAACUUGGUACAAUGAGUCAAAAUAUUAUAACUAUAAAACUGGAUAUUCCGUUGAUGGCACUAAACAAGUUUUAGAUUUCACGCAAUUGGUGUGGAAAGAUAGUGUAAAGGUUGGUCUAGCCACAGCCAUCAGUCCUCGAUACGGUACGAUUAUCGUGGCUCGCUACCACCCACGUGGAAAUAUUGGCUUCCUUGACGAUUACGUCAGAAAUGUCGCCCCGAAAGGCAUGAGUGGUAGUGAUGGAUUUGGUGGGAAUGAUCGUGAUAAUAGCCAAGGAGGUCCUCCGUGCCGAAAACUGAAAAAAAGAAAAGUAGGCGAAGAAUCAUCAAAAUGUAAAAACGAAUAUGAAAACGAUAUCUGUGAUGUUUACGCGCGUAUACCCAAAUAUUGCCAAUAUAGCGCCCACUUUAUGAGAAAAAAGUGCGCAAAAAGCUGUGGAGUUUGUGAAACUGAGAAGAAACUUGAAUUACGAUGGGAAGUUGGUAAAUGGCUUGAGUGUCAUGGAGGAUUUCGAAGACGUUCCGUGAAGUGUUUCCACAAAUCUAAUGGUCAUGAUUUCCUUGUUAAAAACACAUUCUGUCGCCACAAGUUGGGAAAGAAGCCCACAGAGUACAAUGAUUGCUUGUUUGGUGUCUAGUUUACACUGUCAAAUCGUUCGAAUAUUUGUAUUUCAUCAAAGGAUGUGACACUGCAUCGUGUCUUUCGUUUCCUCAAGGACAGUCCAAGACAGAAAAACUUAUGUUAUGCUUACGUAGUGAUACCUUUUAGGGUCUGAAUACAAACAUGAAACUGGAUAACUUAUUUAUUUUGCCCGUAUUUCAUGUUUGGAAUGUAUUAUAUAAAAUAACUCUCACAAGAAUGGAUGAAAUUCCUGUUGUUCAAGUACGUUAGUCGCGCUGAUUGACCCUCCAAGUAUAGAGACGUUCGUGGUGAUUGUGGAAUUCAUUUAUUAUACCUGUAUUUAUUGAAAUAAUUUGUUCUAAUUACAAUUAGUGUUGAAAAAGAUAAACAUCAUUAUGGCAUA